AUGUUCUACAGCCAUGAGAUCCUCACCAGCCAGCAGUACGGUGUGGCAACCGUCUGGUUGGUCGCGACGGUUGGCGCACGAUCCAACAUACGACGAAUCACAAGAAAAGCCAUUCUCGACGUGGACGUCCCAAAAGCCUGCGACACAAUCAUCGACCCUCCCGGAGCUCCUAUCGCCCUUCGCCUCCAGGCCAACCUUCUCUAUGGCGUUUCUCGUGUCUACUCUCAGCAGUGCGCCUACAUUCUGACUGAUGCCGAGAAGAUCCAGGAGCAUAUGAGGAAGUUCUACAGCGUUUGGGGAACAAGCAACAUCGACCUGAACGCUGGAAAAGCUAAGCGUCACCAGCUGGUCUUGCUUGAUGACCCAGGAUUCGACUUCAACUUUGACCUCCCGGAGUUCAAUCUCGACCUAGACGGGAUUCUUUCCUUCGGUCAAAGCAAGGACAGUCAGAAGACCAACAAGACGUCGUCUCAGAUGUCACCUUUCGAACAUGCCACCCCGUCAUCAGGACACAGCAUCAAUAUUGGCGGCCUGCAAAUCCCUCGUUCCUCGAGUCUCUCAAAUUUUGGAAUCGCUUCACCUUUCGGACGGGACAGCAUGUCACAACUGAAGCACCCAGAUGGCGGCUUUGAGUUCGGCGACGACCAGGAAGCAGCAAUUGGUCAUUUUGGACUUGAAAUUGAUGAGUUCGGUAACAUUAUCGAGCCCGAACUUCCACCUAUGCGGUCCUCACAAAUGGAGCGCGACGAGGAAAUGAGGGAUGCACAGCAGAGCCGCCAACCGGAAGAUCAGCAGCUUCUGGAGAUGGGUGAAGAUCUGAUCAGGAGCGAGGUCAACAUUCCGAAUGGGCGCGAUGAGGUACUCGUCAGUGGUCAAAACGACAUCAUCGAUGAGAAUAAGGAUGCACAAGGGGUGAUUCCGGCACAGCCUCAGAAGAAGAAACAGAGGAAGGCCAAGACUGUGCCGAUUGACCCCGACGGUGGUGACAGAGUCGUUCGCGCCGAAUUUCGAGCUUGGAAUGACAACUAUCUGGAGAACAUGGAACGCGCACGCAAGCCCCCUCGCACAACUGCCCCUGCCCAAGCAAAACGGAAUGCAGCCAAACUCGUCUUCGGCCUAGGCAUCAUAGAAUUGGAUGCGUCUCCAAAGAAGCACCAAUACGUCCACCCUCUAGCCGAGUGCUUCGGACACAGGGCUCUUCAAACCCGCUUUCUGGGAUUUGAAGUGGACGGUGAUGAGGACUCCGAGAAGCGUGGCCGUCGUCGAUCAUCCGAUGAAGCUUUCGAAGACGUCGAGGAAGGCCGACGGGUUCGUAGGCGUCUCGAUGGCGAGCAAGACGGUGCUGGCCAAGCAGUUCAGCCGCGCAAUGACGAUUACAUGAUGGAGCUGCUAGGAGAUGAGGAAGACGUCGAGGUUGGUCGAGCACCCGAUGCAGUACUCUCUGACCACCCAUCCCUUCCUUGGAACCGGCCGUCUCCUCAGGUCCCCGGCUCAUCUGUGCUCGGCAGUGCACAACGAGACUCAGCACGCAAAGGACAGGGUCAAGAGAGCCCCCUCGUCGGUCGCGGUAGCGUCAUCCACGAUAUCGAGCGGUACAGUGACUGGGCGCCCUUCGGCUCCGACGGCUUGCAGCCGCGCUUCUCGGACAACCUCUACUCGGGCGGCCCCGGCUUCAACGACUCUGGUCACUCGGGCGAUGCCAAUACGUCGCAGCUGAUGCGAGACGCUCUCGAUCGCGAAGGCCAGAAUUUCCUUGGCUUCCUCGAGCGCGUGGCCGGAGAGAAGGGUCAGAGCCAUGGCGGCGCUGGCGACGACGACGGCCGUUGUUGGAUCACCUUUGACGACCUCUUCGAGCGCGAGGAUAAGACGCGCGUCGCAGCUGCGCAGGCCUUCCACCACGUCCUCUCCCUGGCCACCAAGGGCGUCAUCCGUAUCGAGCAGGAGGGUCAGAACAAGGUGGCCUACGGCGUGAUCCACAUUGGCGUGGCCCUCUCGGGAGCUGGUGAGGAUCUGCGCUCUGAAAUGGGUGAGACGGAAGAGAGGGACGGUGCCGACGACAACCAGGUCGAAGAGUAG